UCCGUGCAGAGGGGAACCUUUGCACAAAGUACUGCAGCCGGGGAGAGCUCCGGUCACGUGCGCACCAGGACGCCGUCCCCAGGGGGAGGACCGUUGCUAUGCGACGAACUCGGUGAUUGGUUCGAGCGGCUCCCCGCGCCCUGGCUGAUUGAUGGACGGUGCGCUCCCUCGGGUUGCCAUGGCGAAGGCCUGCAGCGAGCGAUGGUUGAGGAGCCGCAGGCCGACGCCGGGGAUGAGCCGGGCUCGGAGGCUUACUCCCGCUCCCUCUACACCGUGUUCGCCGGAUCCUCACAGGAGGAUGUUGCUUACGCCAAAGUGUUCUGGAGCUCGCUGUCUCUGCAGCCGCCGCUCGAGUCCCGCCUGGUGUCCGGCGACAUCAAACAGCGGCUGAAGGUGGCGCCGCCCGCCGGAUCCAAACCGUGGAAGGAACAAUGUUGUCAUUGCCAACCGAGCCAGGCAGACAUCAAAUCUAAACAGCUACUGAUUGAAGCUCAUAUGCAGCUGAAAGCAGAUGAAAAAGAAAGAUAUUUGGAGAAAGACAUGGGCAUCACCUGCAAGGCCUGCAUUUAUUCUUGAGAAGAUGGUGGUGUGCCAUCUCCUUGAACUGCUGCAGUCCUGGUGAAGAUACUGCCACAUUGCUGUCUGGGAUGGCGUUCCAGGACUUAAGGAUCCGGCAGUGAUGAAGGAACGGCAAUAUAUUUCCAAGUCAGUGAAAAUCAAAGAAACUGCGAAA